UCAUGGAUUACUCCAAAAUCAAUCCCAAACAGAUUCUUGCAAUCCUCUCUUUAAUGGUAGCAACCCUAAUUCUUGUUUCUUCAUGGGAGCCUUUAACCUACAAACGAAACUCAUUUCUCUCAGAGAAGAUAAAUUCAACCUCUGAAAAAGACGAGUUGGAGGUUGCGUUGGAGAAGGCGUCUAUGGCGAAUAAGACGGUGAUCAUCGCCUUCAUCAACGAAGCGUACGUGGAGCCCAACGACGGCCAAUAUCCCUCCAUGUUCGAUCUCUUUGUCGAGGGUUUUUGGGUGGGAGAAGAUACCCGGCGCCUCCUUAGCCAUCUGGUGGUGGUCUCCAUGGACACCACCGCCCACCAAAGGUGCCUCUUCCGCCGCCUCAACUGUUACAUGAUGGCGGCGGAAGGCGAUGGUCUCGCCGGAGAGAAACUCUACAUGUCGGCUGGGUUUAUAGAGAUGAUGUGGAGGCGGACGUCUUUUCUCCUCCAACUUCUAAGCAGAGGAUAUAAUUUCAUCUUCACGGACACAGAUGUAUUAUGGCUAAGGAAUCCAUUGACAAGGCUGGUGAUGAACGAAUCCAUGGACUUACAAAUAAGCACAGACAGGUUCAACGGCGAUGCAUCCUCAACCAGAAACCUUGUCAACACAGGGUUUUACUUCAUCAAAUCCAACAACAAAACGACAUCAUUGUUUCAGAGAUGGUACGACACGAGGAAGAACUUGAGUGAGGUGAAAGAGCAAGACGCGCUGGAGAUGCUAAUAAGGCAUGGCAUCCUCACACGACUCGCCAUUAAAACAAGAUUCCUCGACACCCUCUAUUUCAGUGGGUUUUGCAGUGACAGUCGCGACGUCAGAUCUGUCGCGACUGUCCAUGCCAACUGCUGCCGGAGCAUCCGAGCAAAGGUCCUCGAUUUGAAGGCUGUUUUGAGGGAUUGGAAGGGGUUUAGACAAGUGGAAAGCAAUGGUGUUCCUUCAAAUACUACUAAUAGCUUUACAUGGUCUAGACAUACAUAUUGUUACAAUUCAUGGCACCAAGGAGCCUCUUAAGAUUUUUUUAUUUUAUUUUUCGAACUAAGGAAAACAGAAAAGGAGAAUAUCAUGGGGUGACAUGACAUCUAGAUAUGUAUACUGUCCAAUUUUUACUCCCUCUGUCCGCAUGAAGCGAAAUAUUUCUUUUUCGGCGCGAGA